CAAAACCCACUUCGCUCUCCCUCUUUGUAUUGUAUCUCUCUAAACCCUGUUUCUCUCUCUUCAGUUAUCUUCCUUCUCUCUUUUCUUUUUCUUACUGUGAAGUGUGAACUGGUUUGUUUAUUUUAAGGUAUUUGGAGGUCUGUUUCUUGGAGAAUCUGAGCUUUUUCUUGCUUGUUUUCGUCCAAGCAAGGGUUUUUGAGAUAUGGGUGGUUCGGGAAAAUGGGUGAAAGCGCUGAUAGGUCUCAAAAAGCCCGAGAAAGACGACCAUGAGAAGGUGGGGGGUAAGAGCAAGAAAUGGAGGCUGUGGAGGAGCUCAUCAGGGGAAAUGGGGUCUUCAUGGAGGGGAUUCAAAGGAGGGCAUAGAGCUUACUCAGAGGGAUCUGACUCUUCAUCAGUGGGUACUGAUGCUUUCACAGCUGCUGUAGCUACAGUGGUUCGAGCUCCACCCAAAGAUUUUAGAGUUGUGAGGCAAGAAUGGGCUGCAAUCCGGAUCCAGACUGCUUUUCGUGGCUUCUUGGCAAGAAGGGCUUUGAGGGCCUUGAAGGGAGUGGUUAGGCUUCAAGCUCUAGUUCGCGGCAGACAGGUCAGGAAGCAGGCUGCUGUGACACUAAGGUGCAUGCAGGCUCUUGUUCGAGUUCAAGCCCGGGUUAGGGCUCGUCGUGUUAGAAUGUCCAUGGAGGGACAGGCUGUGCAGAAGUUGCUGGACGAGCGCCGCAGCCAGGCUGAUCUCUUGAAAGAAGCUGAGGAAGGAUGGUGUGAUAGUAAGGGGACGUUGGCAGAUGUUAAGACCAAGUUACAGAUGAGGCAAGAGGGAGCCUUCAAGAGAGAAAGGGCAAUUGCGUACUCUCUUGCUCAGAAGCAAUGGAGAUCAAGCCAGAAUGCAAAUUCCCAAACAAAUGUCUCAGUGUCUUCAGUCAAGAAUCACGAGCUUGAUAAGAGUAGUUGGGGAUGGAGUUGGUUAGAGCGUUGGAUGGCGGCCAAGCCAUGGGAGAACAGAUUGAUGGAGCAAGCCCACACUGAUCCAUCAGAGACAACUCCACCUUUUAAGCACUGUAUGAACCCUCUCUCAGGCACCCAUUCAAAAUCUUCAGAACCAGGCUCAGUGAAGGUGAGAAGGAACAAUGUAACUACCAGGAUUUCUGCAAAACCUCCUCCAAUUGGGUUAGUCACUCGGUCAUCUUCAAGUCCAAGUUCUGAGUUUCAGUACGAUGAAAGCUCAGCUUCAUCUUCAAUUUGCACAUCUGCUACUCCUGUUUCUGGGAACACUGUCCUGACUUCAGAUAAAACUGAGGACAGCAGUAACUAUCGGCCAAGUUAUAUGAACCUGACCGAGUCGACCAAGGCAAAGCAGAGAUCUCACAGAGUUCAAAGGCAGUCUAUGGAUGAAUUUCAGUUUCUCAAGAAAUCAGGGUUAUACUGUAAUGUAGAUACAAAAAGCAGUGCUGGUUCUGAUCCUCCAUCAGUUAAUUUCUCUAAGCCGCUUUACCUUCCAACCCGAAUGGAUAAAGCCUCUGUGAAGGUAAGGGAAAGGGAGAAUUGCUUUUAUGAGUAAGAAGGGAAAGAUGGGGUUGGCUUGUGUUUGUUGCAAAGAUCAACUUCUUGUUGUUCUCUAUGAUGGAGAAAGUACUUAAAGUUAGAAGCUCUUGUGCCAUCUGUAUUCUGUACUGAAAAUCCAUGCGGGGAGAGCCAUUUUUCUUGUGUGAGUUGAGAGUUGUUUUCCCAGUGUAAAUUAUUGAGUUUGGUUCUUCAAUUAAGAUGUUUAGACUCC